UCCUUGUUUUCGGCUUGUUGACAGUGUCUCUUGUUUUGUGUCGUGUCACAGAUUUCAAAAUGGAUAAAAUAAAGGCAGGACCCGUUGUUGAUAUCCUUGGAGAUGAAAUGACCAGAAUCAUUUGGUCUCUCAUCAAAGAAAAGUUGAUUCUGCCCUUCUUGGAUGUCGAAUUGCAUACUUACGAUUUGGGUAUGGAACACCGAGACGAAACUAAUGACCAAGUCACUAUUGAUUGUGCUGAGGCAAUCAAGAAAUACAAUGUCGGAAUCAAGUGUGCAACAAUUACUCCUGAUGAGAAAAGAGUGGAAGAAUUUAAAUUAAAGAAAAUGUGGAAAAGUCCCAAUGGAACUAUCAGAAAUAUUCUCGGUGGCACAGUCUUCAGAGAAGCAAUCAUCUGCAAGAACAUACCCCGAUUGGUAACAGGAUGGAAUGAGCCCAUAGUCAUCGGCAGACACGCUCAUGCUGAUCAAUACAAAGCCACCGACUUCGUGGUACCAGGAAAGGGUAAAUUAGAAUUGACAUUUACCCCCGAAUCGGGAAGUCCAAUGAGCUUCACCGUCCACACUUACCAAGGACCUGGAGUCGCCAUGGGAAUGUUCAACACCGAUAGUUCAAUUGUAGAUUUCGCUAAUGCCUCAUUCCAAUAUGCCUUAAACCGAAAAUUGCCCUUGUACCUAUCUACCAAAAAUACCAUUCUCAAGAAAUACGAUGGUAGAUUUAAGGAUAUAUUCCAGGAAAUUUAUGACAAGCAAUACAAGAAAGAAUAUGAAGCUGCUGGAAUCUGGUACGAACAUCGACUGAUCGAUGACAUGGUCGCCUACGCAAUGAAAUCAUCUGGAGGCUUUGUAUGGGCUUGCAAAAAUUAUGAUGGUGAUGUGCAAUCUGAUUCCGUAGCUCAAGGAUACGGUUCAUUGGGUCUUAUGACAUCGGUGCUAGUUUGUCCUGAUGGUAAGACAGUUGAAGCAGAGGCAGCUCACGGAACUGUUACCCGGCAUUAUAGGUUCUACCAACAAGGAAAGGAAACAUCAACCAACCCCAUCGCAUCCAUCUUUGCCUGGACCCGCGGUCUUUUACAUCGAGCCAAACUCGAUGGAAACGAUGCCCUUAAAAAAUUCUGUGAAGCUUUGGAAGCUGUUUGUAUUGAAACAAUUGAAUCUGGUUUCAUGACUAAAGACCUCGCUAUUUGUAUUAAAGGAAUGGAUAAAGUUCAGAGAAGUGAUUAUCUAGACACUUUCGCUUUCAUGGACAAGCUUGCCGAAAACUUGAAGAAAAAGUUACAAGUUUGACUAGAUAAGAAUAAUGCUAAAAGUAGACUUUGAGUGAAUGCACAAAUGCAUUUCGUCAUUUUUCAUUGCCAUUGAAACAGUAAGGUAUGGUGACGGCACACAAUGAUGAUUCAAAUUAUAUUUGUUGUCUUAUAAUUAUUAUUAAUAUAUGUUCAAGGGAUUUUUUAAUAAAAUA